AUGUUGCUAUUCAAAAAACUCGGCAUCGCCGGUGGUUCUUUAUUUACUUUUGGUAUAAUUAUCGGUUACGCGUUUUUUCCACCGUUUUUACACAGCCAAAUAAAGAAGUUUAAUUUGAGAAAAGAGGGAAUCCAAUUAGUUGAGGGUUCAGACAUGAGAGACAUGUGGACAGUAGUACCUUUUCCAGUAGAUUUUAGAAUUUAUUUAUUCAAUGUUACAAAUGCAAAUGAAAUACAAGGUGGCGCUAAACCAAUAGUUAAAGAAGUUGGUCCAUUUUUUUACGAUGAAUGGAAAGAAAAAGUAGAUUUGGUUGAUCGCGAAGAAGAUGAUACUGUUGAAUACUGCAAUAAAGCAACAUUUAUAUUCAACCAAGCAAAAAGUGCUCCAGGUCUUACUGAAGACGUUGUGUUAGUUUAUCCCCAUGCCAUGAUAUUGGGGAUGAUUCUUGCUACAGUGCGAGAAAAACCUGCAAUGGUUGGUCUGGCAGCUAAAGCUGUCGACAGUAUAUUCCAUAAACCAUCUUCAGUGUUUGUUACUGCAACAGCACGCGAGAUACUCUGGACAGGUUUACCAGUUGAUUGUUCAGUUAAAGAUUUUGCUGGAAGCGCCGUGUGCGGAAUAAUACGUGAAGACGAUUCUGGUUUCAUAAAAGACGGUGAAAAUUAUAAGUUUGCAUUAUUCGGCCCCAAAAAUGGAACUGUUGUACCAGAUCGAAUUAGAGUUAAACGUGGUAAAGCUAAUUAUUUAGAGGUAGGAAUAGUGACUGAAUUCAAAGGCUUACCAAAAUUAACUAACUGGCCCGAAGACGGAGACUGUAAUACUUUCAAUGGGACCGAUUCGACGAUUUUCCAUCCUUUCCUCUAUCAAGAUGAAGAUGUCGUGUCUUUUGCGCCAGAUCUUUGCAGAAGUUUAGGCGCUCGAUACCAAAGACCGUCGAAAUUCAAAGGACUUAAGACAAACCGGUACACCGCAAACUUAGGUGACAUGAGUACAGAUCCAGCUCUGAAAUGUUUCUGUCCGACACCAGAUACUUGCUUAGGAAAGGGAUUAUACGAUAUAUUUGCUUGUGUGAAAGCGCCAAUUGUCUGUAGUUUACCACAUUUCUAUGACACCGAUCCACAGUACUUAACUCAAGUCGAGGGUCUUCAUCCUAACGAGGAAGAACAUCAGAUUUUCAUAGACUUUGAACCGAUGCUUGGAGCGCCACUGAGUGCAAGAAAGCGGCUUCAAUUCAAUAUGUUCAUUUUCCCCGUUGAAAAAUUUAAACUUAUGAAAAAUUUCCCAUCAGCUCUUAUGCCAUUAUUUUGGGUUGAGGAAGGUCUUGAGUUAGCUGACGAGUAUAUGAAGCCAAUCAAGCUUGUAUUUACUAUGUUGAAAGUAGUUGGAAUUAUGAAAUGGAUCAUGAUGACAGCCGGUGUUGGAUUAGGAGGUGGUGCUGGCUUUUUGUUCUACAAAUCAACUAAGUCUCCGCAAAAACUGGACAUAACUAAAGUUUCACCAAAAACAAUUCAGAAUACCGCUGGCGAUGAGAAAAAAUGGCCAACGAGUGUUAGUACUAUUCAAGGAAAUAAUGCCCCACCUUCUGUAGAAGCUUGA